AUGUAUCUACUUAUCGUAUUUUUGUCCAUGCUCAGUAGUUCCGUAGCAGGUUUUUUCGGACGUUUUCUAGGAUCAGAAAGCGUUUCCCGUUUCAAUCUUAUAAUCUUCUUGAUUCUAUUGGUUUUUUCAAUUUGCCUAUUUAGAUCCUUAAAGCAGUAUUUAGGAAAGAGGAUGACACAAUGGUGCUAUCUAGCCCUUGUUUGUCAAAUCUCCCUCUUUCUCGUUCUUCUACGUAGCCAUAUCUUGGCGGGUUUUGGUAAAUUCUCCGCGGAUGUAUUUACUGUCUUUAUGGGCACAUUUUCAGUUACCGGUUCAUCGGGGGGGAUAGUGAAUCACCAAGACGGGGCCUCGUCUGAGUGGUUCACGUAUACAUCCGAUAUGGUCGAAGAUUCGGCCAGUUCCGGGCGUACCUCCUCGUCGGUCAAUCAACCGAUUCCUGAGGAGCAGGCUUGGGAAAGGGAGGCUCGGGCACAAGAGCACGACCGCAUCUCUGCCGAGGUAGAGACUAUCACGAGCGCCUGCGCGAAUUUGGAGGCGGCCAUGGUACGGAAAGCCCAAAUUCUCUUGCAUCAACGUGGAGUAACUCUCGGGGAUCCAGAGGAUGUCAAGCGUGCUCUCCAGUUGGCUCUACAUGACGACUGGGAGCACGCUAUAGAUGACCGUAAGAGGCAUUUCACUGUGCUCAGGCGCAACUUCGGAACAGCUCGCUGUGAAAGGUGGAAUCCGUUCAUUGAUGAGCUCAGGGGCUUGGGGAACCAUCAGGUGAAUGCCCGGCAUUACGUCGACUGAGGCAUACCGUGCUGGGAUCUUCGACUGGGGUGAAGUCGUAACAAGGUAGCCGUAGGGGAACCUGCGGCUGGAUUGAAUCCUUCUAUAGAAAAGUUGUUAAGCAAAGACUGGAGAGGCCCCCGGUCGAGAUGUAGUAAGUAGGUCUCCAAUACUGGGAGACUGAGGAGAAUGGGAGUUUGUGGGUUGAGGGUGGCAUGCUCCCCAGGGCCCUCUUUUUUUUAGAUAGGUAGGGUAAUGCAUUUCAGUAUGAAUUUGAUCUAGCAGUGUAAACCUGAGAUUUUCAAGAGUUGGCUUCCGCUUAUUUUGAUUAUUAAGCGUAACGAGACUAAAAGAGUCGUGAAGCGAGUCGGAAAGAAAGAGGCGAAUCUACAAGAGUCUGAUUUUUUAUAUGUUAACGGGCGGAGAUUAAGAGGUGGGCAAGUUGGUAGGCUCCGGAGAAUAGAAUGCAAUGGAGGACCUAACGCCUAGUAAGACGGGGAAGGAGUGUUAUGAAAGGGAGGAAGAGGAAAAGCUACUCUUGAGCCUCCUUGCUCAAACCUGCCUUCUUCGGGAACUAAUGGAUGUCUAUUCCGUUCUCCAGCUCCAUCAGUCCACUAGCCAGUACCACUUUCAAGUAAGUCUUCAGUACUAGUGUCAGCGGGCAGGUUUGAAGAUGUCUUUCCUGGUCUAUCUCCAGACUUGGCCAGAGAGUAAAAUAUGCGUUUUCGCACAGUAAGGCACUUUAGACUUUGAUUUCCGCUAAAUCUUCAAGAUAAAAUGUCUUUGCCUCAGCUUCACAUAUGGCUUACCAUCCUCUUCUAGUAAGGAAGUCCUUCCCGCCCUUCCUAACCUUACCCGUAACCACGACUCCCUUUGAUUAUCAUAAGUUAAUAUUCAAAAUGUGGGUCUUUCUCGUCAGGUCUAUGUUCUUGCUUUCAAUUCAAUCUUUCCAAUCGGGUCUAGAAUGACAAUUUAUCCCAGACAAACAAGUCUCCUCUAGCUUAAGGAGUAGUCCAUAGCUAAUAAUCUAUGGUACUAGCUUAUUCCAGUCAUUGAGCACAACUUCCUUUUCUGUUUACAGAGAAUAGGAUAAACCUCUAUUCCAUCCGGGCAAAUAAGAUGCUCGCUCACUCCACUACGCCACUUGCUGUGCAGUCUCCAAUACGCCACUUGCAGUUCCACAGAGUGUUUUUCUAAUCUUCUUGAGUAUAAAGAGGAAUCUAAGGGAAGACACUUCAUUGCGGGAAGCACCACACGCCUGCUUCCUCCUCUAAGCAAGCAAUAGCCAGAGCUCUGAAGCUGAAGUGAGCCAAGCUCAACAAUCUUGAAUGGCUUACUCACUCAAGCAGUAAGGCGACUCCGCGGGCUCAAUCAGAGGUUCC